ACUGUCAAACAUGGCGGCUCUCUGUCUUCAGUACUUGAGAGGCUACUUGAAUUUCUUUGAAAUAUAAGCAAUGAAUGGUAAACAAAACAUUACCAUGUUUACCGUGAAUGUUUAAAUAGCGUACUUAGCUAUUUCAGAGCUGCGGGUAUAACUAGAUGCUCUAAUGGACGCGCCGAGACUUAGUUAAAAAAUCACUACAUUGUAGCGAAAAUGUUAGCAUUGAACUGUAGCGCGGUUUAAGUAUUCGCUCAUUCUUAAAACAGAAAGAACUUGUGUUUGUUGAAGCUAUGUUGGGGUUUCUGACAGCCAGGCGGGCUGGUCUGGAUGACCCUCUGAGACUGAGACGAGCGGAGUCAACGAGAAGGGUCCUCAGCCUGCAGUUGAAUCCCGACAGAGAUGUGGAUCGAAUUCAUGGAAAUGGCAUUAAUACCAUUGACAUUGAAGCAAUAGAGGGCAGAUACAUGCUGUCUGGAGGCGCAGACGGAGUAAUCGCCAUCUAUGACCUGGAGAACUUCGGUGGGAAACCACAGUACACUUGCAAGGCUGUUUGCACAGUAGGAAGGUCUAGCCGGUAUGUACACAAAUUUAGUGUAGAGACAGUCCAGUGGUAUCCUUAUGACACAGGGAUGUUUGUGUCCAGUUCCUUUGACAAGACUAUGAAAGUCUGGGACACGGAGACAUUAAAGCCUGCUGAAGUGUUUGAGUUUGAGGGCAACGUCUACUGUCACCACCUGUCCCCCAUCGCCAGGAAGCACAGCCUCAUUGCAGUGGGCACCACAAAUCCUAAAAUCCAACUGUGUGACCUCAAGUCUGGUUCACGGAUUCAUAUUCUUCAGGGCCACAGAGCAGAGGUCCUGUGUGUGCGGUGGUCACCCAGAUAUGAGCAUAUCUUAGCCACCGCCAGUGCAGACAGCAAGGUAAAAGUAUGGGAUGUACGUCGUUCUUCAGGUAGUCUCUUCACUCUGGACCAGCACAAUGGAGACAAGUCGAAAGCCUCCUCUGAGGCAGUAAACACAGCCCAUAAUGGCCGAGUGAAUGGCUUGUGCUUCACUGGUGAUGGCCUCUACCUCCUCACUACUGGAACUGAUGACCGUAUGAGACUAUGGAACAGUGCCACUGGGGAGAACACACUGGUAAAUUAUGGGAAGGUCUGCAACGAGAGUCGGAAAAGACUACAGUUCACGGUGUCACGUGGCUGCAGCCCAGAGUUUGUGUUCGUGCCAUGCGGCAGCUCCAUUGCAGUGUACACCCUUCACACAGGAGAACUGGUCACCAUGCUCAGGGGUCACUAUAACAAUGUCGACUGCUGCGAGUUCCACCCAGACUAUCAGGAGGUGUACAGUGGAGGUAAAGACUGUAACAUUCUGGCGUGGGUUCCUGUCCUUCGUGCCUCAGAUGUGGAGGAAGACUCAAACCAUGAAGUUGCUGCUGGCCAGUCUUCAGUGAACCCUGCCUUUCAGGAUGCGUGGAGCAGUGAUGAAGACUGAUGUUAGAUUUUGUUUUGAAUGUGCUGGCAAACUUUGGUGUCUGAGUUUGAUGUUAAGUUCCGAUUAUUCACAGUUACAUUUGCUUUUUAUUUUUACCGAUGUAGACAAAAGCCUUAAAACUUAAAUGUGUUAAUAAUGGUCUGAGUUUGUAAAUCUGCACAAUGUUACAAAUAAUGUGUGUUUUUGUACAUCUGAGAAUUCAUUGUCACCAUCUCUUUUUUAUUUAAAGAUGUAAAUCCAGAAUGGUCCUUAUUUAUUAUUUUUCAAUAAGUCAUUUGAAGUCUUGGCCAACAUCUGCUAUUGUUUGUUGAAGUAAGUUCAUUAAGUCCUACUAUCCUUACUAUCAUUACAACACCUACACACCUGUCACAGUGCCUGUCAUUGUAAUGAAAACGGAAGCAUUUACACAAAGAUUUUUUUUCACCAUUUAAACAGGUUUCAGUCUACACCUGAUUUGAGAAAACCAUGCCUAUAAUCCUCACAUGGGUGUGUCCAGCAGGCAUUCAGAAAAACUGAUUGUCAUUCCUAAAAAAUUUGCAUUUGUUGUACUGUCAGUCUGUACCGAUUGUGAAACCUUUUUCAGACACACCCCCACACCCCAAACACUUUUUUUUUAUUGCUUUUGUUGCAAUAUAAAGAU